AUGAAGCAACUGGAAGCCCUCGAGGUCAUCGAUGAGGUCGCCGAAUACCUGCUUCCCCAGCUUGCCACCAGGAAGCGUUCUGGACAGGGGGACCACCCCGCUUUGUUUGAAUCCGUGAAGCGUCUGAAAGUCCACUUGCGCGUGACAUACAGGCCGUCUUACCUGGACCACGAUGUUAUGAUUGAGGGGGCAGCGACACGGAUCCCCCUCGUGGUUGACGCCCUCGCGUGCUUCUUGAGUGAGCGUCAGCAAGAGGGAAAUGCGAUUGAGGAACUGCAUAUCCAUGCACCGUCCUUCUUACUUUCACAAGACGAGUUUAGUCAGGAAUUUGAGCCUCUUGUUGACUUCACGGUCAAGACGGACAAGUUGCUCGUUGCAAGGCUGCCUCAUCUCGAGGAAUUCUAUAUGAGCAGUUACACUGCCUCCGCCUGCGUGCAUGUCUUAUCCCAUCUAAUCAUCGAUCAGCCGGUCAACCUCGUUCUGAAAUGCGACCUUCAGAACAUACUUUCUGACCGAGCGCCGUCUGCGAUGAAUCUAGUCAGUCGAUUCCUCACAGCCAACCGUCGGAUAGUGCAUAGAUUCGCCGAAAUUCAUUCGCACGACGAUAUAAUUUUUACGGUGCAGCGUCUGCCCUCAGGCGAUGACCGCGACCCUUCACCGAGCCACUUCCGCUUCCAUGACUCGGGUAGGUGUUAUCCUCAAUACUGGCAUCGUUACCUGCCCCUCGGAGACGUGCAGACGCUGCGUGUCCACGAAGACAUGUUCCCGCACCGCGACCUCCCCAAGGGAUGGGAAAUCCGUGGGCUCCCGGAAAAGUUCACGUCACUGCAGCAAGUCGAACGUCUGGAAAUAGUCGCGGCGGUCGCAUGGUACCUCAUCCCCCAUUUCGCGACAACAGCUCGCUCGACUGACCCGACGCACCCUGCGUUGUUCCCGCGCCUGAAGAGUAUCCGGCUGUACUUGCACGAAACCCGCCGGAGCUGGUGCGCUCCGGAGAACAUACCCGCGCUGUGCGAGGACGUCUUCGGCGUUCUGGAAAGCUACCUGCGGGAGCGCCACGAAGAGGGGCACCCGAUCGAGGAGCUGGGGAUCCAUGCGCCGUCCGGUAUCAUCCAGAGCGACGAGCUCAAUGCAAGGUUCAGGAAUCUCGUUUGCCAUCUGCGCUUUCCUUAUUCCCCAAUGGAGACUUCGUGCUUGCUUUGGAAAUGUGAUUUGUGCCGAUUUUCUUGA